ACAUGGAUCCCAACCUCAGCGAGCCGUUCCUGAGCAUGAGGCGGGGAGAAGACUAUCAGACUUUCGGGGAGAACGAUGCCCGUCAGAUGGAGAAGGAAUAUUACAAGACUGUUAAAAACGGGCGCCUUUUGCUCGCUGCUUUUGCUGCCGUCUUGGGGAACUUCAGCUUCGGUUUUGCUUUAGUUUACCCCUCCCCGGUCAUCCCAGCUUUGGAAGAAACACCGGACUCCAACUUGAAGCUGACAGAAGCAAUGGCUUCCUGGUUUGGGUCCGUGUUCACCCUGGGAGUUGCUGCGGGCGGUUUGGGCACGAUGUACUUCAACGACCGACUGGGGCGCAAGCUGAGCAUCAUGGUCUCCGCCGUGCCCUCCGUCGCUGGGUACCUCUUCAUUGCCAGCGCUCAAGAGAUCUGGAUGCUGCAGGUGGGAAGGCUGCUUACAGGAUUUGCAGGUGGCAUGACGUCUGCAGCCAUCCCAGUCUACAUUUCCGAGAUUUGUCACCCCGGCAUCCGAGGCGCACUGGGCUCCUGUCCUCAGAUCAUGGCCGUCUUGGGUGCCCUUUUCCUCUAUGCUCUAGGCCUUGCCGUCCCCUGGCGCUGGCUGGCUGUGGCGGGCGAAGUGCCAGUCCUCCUCAUGAUUGCCUUGCUUGUCUUCAUGCCCGACUCGCCCCGGUUUCUAAUCUCCUGGGGGAAGGAGGAGGAGGCUCUCCGUGCCCUGGCAUGGCUGAGAGGGAAGGACACCGAUUACUGGUGGGAAUACGAGCAGAUAAAGGACACUGUGCAGGGACAGAGCGAGCGCAUUACGUGGGCUGAGAUCAAGACGCCGUACAUCUCCAAACCCAUCCUGAUCACCUUGCUCAUGCGGUUCCUCCAGCAGCUCUCCGGCGUCACCCCCAUCCUUGUAUACCUGCAGCUCAUCUUUGACAGCACAGCAGUCAUUCUGCCACCGCAAUAUGACGCGGUCAUCGUGGGAGGUGUCCGUUUGGCGUCCGUGCUGGUGGCUGCUUUCUCAAUGGAUAAGGCUGGGAGGAAGAUUCUUCUCUAUAUCUCAGCUGUCAUCAUGCUCAUCUCAAACCUGACCCUGGGAUUCUACAUCCGCUUCAUCCCUCUGCAGUCCCAUAAUGCCUCAGGGAUACCACCUAAUGUUACUCAGGAGGGCUUUGUCACCCACGUGACAACUGGCCUGACCGUCAUUCCUCUGAUUGCCACCAUGUUCUUCAUCAUAGGUUAUGCCAUGGGUUGGGGCCCCAUCACCUGGCUGCUGAUGGCUGAGGUUCUCCCGCUGAAGACCCGGGGGAUAGUGUCUGGGCUGUGCGUGCUCGUGAGCUGGGUGACCGCCUUUGUCCUGACAAAAGUCUUCUUGUUGGUUAAGGAAAAGUACGGCCUGGACGUGCCCUUCUUUUUCUUCAGCAUCAUCUGCGUGAUGAACCUGAUCUUCACUUACCUCAUUCCGGAAACCAAAGGAAGGUCUCUGGAGAGGAUAGAAUCGUACUUCCGAACUGGACGGAAAUCGUUUCUGGAGUCCUUCCGGCGUUCUCAGCGAGGUCCCAGAAAAAGUUCACAUUCAGACAAGUGAAGCUUUUGUGAGUAAUCCCUGUUGACCUCUUCUGCAAGCAGAGACCUCACCCCUUUGGGAAACGCAGAGGUAAAGCAUGAGAUGCCCCUUGGCAGAUGUCCAUUUGUAGCAGCCGCAGAAUUGGAAGGACAAGCCAAGUAAUCUUUGGUUGGUUCUCGUGUCUGCCGUGAACUGCUUAGGUGUCCCUCACUCUCGAUCUGCAGUAUGGAAACAGUAGCGCUGACCUACCUUGUCAGGUUGUUGCAAGGGUUGUGAAUAAAAUAAAUACAAAGAGCUUUGAACCACA